ACUUUUUUUGAAUUGCAGUGUCCUUUUGGGGUUGUUGAUGUGCCCUGUGCCUCCCAUGUGAAAGCUUAAAGGGUUGAACAUCUGUGAUCAUUCCUUAGUUCUUUCUUACCACCUGUUGCAACAAGAUGAGGCCCAGCGAAAGCAUCAAAGAACUUAGAUUGGUUGUUUCACGUUUGGUGAUUUCUGUCUUCACACUCUUUCUCUAAGGGAAGUUCCAAAGAAGGAAGAAAAAAAUCAGUUGACAUUCCCACUCUGCUCCCUCCACCCCUUCUGGUAUAGUGGGGUGAAGCACUUUGCGUCAAGUGUCCCACCUUCUGAUGAAGUCCAAACCCUCAGGGUUCAAACCAUGCCUGUCCUGCAAUGGACUGAUCACCUCCCUCAGGGAUGGACACAGCAGAAGCCUCUUCUGCCUAAGAGAGAGCCACAUUCCCAGGUUUUCGUAACAAGAAGCAGCAACCUUUUCAUCGGGUGGAAGACGAAACAGUGGAAAAGAACCGUGUACCAUGUGUUAAUAUAUUGAAGAGUGAGAAUUCUUGGAUUUAGUGUGUUUUUUGGAUUGUAAAAAGGGAAAGAAAAGGAGCGAGUGAAAAUGGGGAGGAAGAAAAUACAAAUCACAAGAAUAAUGGACGAACGGAACAGACAGGUGACGUUUACGAAGAGGAAAUUUGGAUUAAUGAAGAAGGCAUACGAACUUAGUGUGCUCUGUGACUGUGAAAUAGCACUCAUCAUUUUUAACAGCUCUAACAAACUCUUUCAGUAUGCCAGCACUGAUAUGGACAAAGUUCUACUCAAAUACACAGAAUACAAUGAACCCCAUGAGAGCAGAACCAACUCGGAUAUCGUUGAGACUUUAAGAAAAAAAGGCCUUAAUGGUUGUGAGAGCCCUGAUGCUGACGAUUACUUUGAGCACAGUCCACUAUCGGAGGACAGAUACAGCAAACUAAAUGAAGAUAGUGAUUUUAUUUUCAAGCGAGGCCCUGCUCUGAACAAGAAGGAACACAGAGGGUGUGACAGCCCGGACCCUGACACUUCAUAUGUGCUCACGCCACAUACAGAAGAAAAAUAUAAAAAAAUUAAUGAAGAGUUUGAUAAUAUGAUGCGGAAUCAUAAAGUCGCACCUGGCUUGCCUCCCCAGAACUUUUCAAUGUCUGUUACGGUUCCAGUGUCCAACCCCAAUACUUUAACCUACAGUAACCCAGGGAGUUCCCUUGUAUCCCCAUCACUGGCAGCCAGUUCAUCAUUAACAGACACGACCAUGCUCUCCCCACCUCAGGCCACGUUACAUCGAAAUGUAUCACCCGGAGCCCCUCAGAGACCGCCAAGUACUGGCAAUGCAGGUGGUAUUUUGGGUACGGCAGAUCUCACAGUGCCAAAUGGAGCUGGUACCAGUCCAGUGGGAAAUGGAUUUAUUAACUCUCGAGCUUCACCAAGCCUGCUAGGAACUACUGGUGGUGGGAAUGGAUUAGGCAAAGUUAUGCCUACAAAGUCUCCGCCUCCACCCGGAGGAGGUAAUCUUGGAAUGAACAAUCGCAAACCAGACCUUCGUGUUGUCAUCCCACCUUCCAGCAAGGGCAUGAUGCCUCCAUUGUCGGAGGAGGAUGAAUUGGAGUUGAAUACCCAAAGGAUAAGCAGUUCUCAGUCUACCCAGCCUCUUGCUACCCCUGUGGUGUCUGUGACAACUCCAAGCUUGCCUCCUCAGGGACUGGUGUACUCAGCCAUGCCUACCGCCUACAACACUGAUUACUCCUUGACUAGUGCAGACCUGUCUGCCCUGCAGGGCUUUAACUCCCCAGGAAUGCUGUCUUUAGGACAGGUAUCUGCCUGGCAACAGCACCAUCUAGGGCAAGCAGCCCUUAGCUCUCUUGUUGCUGGAGGCCAGUUAUCUCAGGGUUCAAAUUUAUCCAUUAAUACCAACCAAAACAUCAACAUAAAGUCCGAACCAAUUUCACCUCCACGGGACCGUGUGACUCCAUCUGGGUUUCCUCCGCAGCAGCAGCAGCAAUCCCGGCAGGAAAUGGGCCGUUCCCCUGUUGACAGUCUCAGUAGUUCCAGCAGUUCUUAUGAUGGCAGUGAUCGGGAGGACCCAAGAAAUGAUUUCCAUUCACCUGUUGGGUUGGGAAGACCACCAAAUACAGAAGAUAGAGAGAGCCCAUCAGUGAAACGAAUGAGGGUGGACACGUGGGCAACAUAAACUUUCAGCAUUGCCACUUCUGUUUUGUGUUAUCACAGUGAACUGUCCUGACAUAUCUAAAUAUAUAAAUAAGGACAUGAAAUAAAUAUAUUUAUAUGUAUAUACAUACAUGCAUAUAUAUAUCUUCACAUGUGUAUAUAUAUAUGUGCGAGUGUAUGUAGCAUAUACAAAAUCAUCAGGCACUUACUACAAACUCCUUGUAUAGCUGCAGUUGUCCCAUGGUAAAAAUAUAACAAAACAAUCCUAUAGGUAUUGGUCUAGUCUGGCACUUACCUGGACAUGCUGUUCUAAUAAUAUAACCUGUUCUACAAAGAAACAUUGUACCCAUCUAUAAUCCUGCCACACUAGAUUGCAGAAACCAAGAGGGCUCCCCUGUAGUAAUGUCCCCAUGUGUUUUAUUAAAGCCGUAUGGUUACUUGUAGUUAAGAAACAAUGCUUUGUAGCAGCAGAGCAGUAGAAAAGCAGGAAAAAGAAAGCAAUACUGUACAUAAAAUGUCCUUUAUAUUACCCAACCUGGCAUGGGUCUCUGUUGCAGAGAGUGCAUGGCGAAGGGCUGAAGGUAUAAAAACCUGUUUUGCACGUGCAAAAAAAUGUAUUGGGUCAAAGAAGUGGUUCUUAAUUAAAAAAAAAAAAAGUGAGAGAGAGAGAAGACAUAGAGAACUCGCAUGAAAUAUUCAGAAAAUAGCCUAGAAAAUAGAGCAUUAACAAAAUAAAAUUAAUAUAUUAAGUUAUAAUUGGAAUAUGUUUGAAAAGUUUCUUUUUACGUUCUAUCUUUGAAAAAUAUAGAAAGAAACGGAUUAGCUCAUGUAUAUUUUAUAUUAAAGAAAACAAUACCCGUAUGAAUUGAAGACUAUAUAUAAAAGUUAUAUACAGUACUUUUGGACACAUUCUGCUAUGAAUUAUUUAUAUAAGCCAAAGCUGUAUGAUGUAGCUUUUUGUAGAGUAUAGUUUUAUCUUGUUAUUUUGACUUUCUAGUUUUUUGCUUUCAGAAGAGGGAAAAAAAAAACUUGCAGGCAGAACGUUGGGGGAAAAAUAAGCCAUGAACACUUAUUAUUCUAUAUGUAAAUUAAAAUUUGAGCCAAACUCUUUGUGUAUAUAGCAUCUUAAAUAUACCACCUUUGGUGUAAGUACCUACGUAUUGUACGUUCACCAGAUUAAAAAGUAUAUUUUUGUGGAUUGACGCCAACUUGAAAAAAGGCGAGGUCCUUAUUAAGUAGAGUAUUCACUGUUUAAUAUUUACUAUUUUGUUAAAUAUACUGUACUUUCUUUGGAUUUUAAUUAUUAUUAAUAUUAUUAUCCAGAUUUUUCAGAGGAUGUAUAAAGGGGUUGUCCCCUUCACUGGUGGUGAAUGUGUGCCGUUAAAAUGUAAUCUCUGUGCUGUAUGGUUAAGCUUCAUUAUACAUUUUAUAUAUAUGUAUAUAAAUAGCAAAGUGGCAAAAAAAAAA